AUGAUAGCGAUACAUUCUCGUCAGUAUCGACUUUGUCGUCCACAGAAACGAGUGACGAAGAAAAUGCAAAUAGCGAUUCAAACCGCGGCCAAAAACUUUCCCCACAGAAAAGCAGUGGUUCAUAUUAAAUUUUCGCUUGAAAAGAAGAAAAUCGUCGUAGCCAGCUCAGUAACGGGUCCAAUGCAUUUACGGUUCACCUCAACUUUACCAUUGGACAUAAUCAUGCAAGAUAAACAUAGAGCUCAAAAGAUGAUGGCAUUGAUCAAGGAUAUUUUUGAAUUACUAAAAAGAUCAAAGUUAGAUGUUAAAAAAAGCGAGGAAGCCGAAUAUAUCACACAACUAUCGAAAGACGCCAAACGAUGGGGCUCAAGAUAUAGUCUAUUAUUUGGAGUCGACGAAGUUACUCCUUAUGUUCAUGUAUUAAGCGCACAUAUUGGUGAAUUUUAUCGGAUUUUUCAAAACUUAAACAAGUUUACAUUGCAAGAAGUAGAAGAACUAAACGAUUUAAUGACACAAGAUUAUUUUAGAGGCAGUAAUAAAAAAGGAAACUAUUUUACUCAAAUGUUAAGAAAGCGAAUAUGUGAGUUAUUAUUAGCAUUAUCCGUUCGAAUGUUAACCGAAAUACGAAUCGAAUUAGGUAAAACACCACGGGUUGAUGCUAGCACUGAAUCAUCCAGCGAAGAUGAGCUGCUAUAA